AUGAUUCCGAUGAUCACCAUCUCGCACAUCGCCAUGACAGCGUCAUCGUUUCUUAUGGUGGCGGCGAGUUUUGAGCGAUAUUGUGUGACCGUUCACCCUCACUUCACGAAAUUUCUGAACCGAAACAGGAAUCGAAUAGCAGCAGGAAGUGUGUUUCUCGGUGUUGCCACGAAAUGCACGCAUCCAUUCGAAUUUGAGAUAACUUAUGUGCCGGAAUGCCUCGGAACAAUGGGCGAGUACACACUCGGUCUUUCUCCUCUGGCAAUGGACGAAGUCUACAACGCUUACUGGCGAAUAUGGUUCCGUUCGGUGUUCACCAUUUUGAUUCCGUUCUUUUUACUGGCCUUCAUGAAUACUCGUAUUGUGCUCGUCAUACAACGAACAGAAUUUCAAUUUCUUAGUGCUCAAAAGCUCAGUGAUGCCAAAAGGAAGUUCGAUCUGCAACUAGAACCCUCGUCUUUUGUGGUGGCCACCUAUCUGCUUUCGAACAUACUCAAUGUCAUUAUCACUAUCUGGGAGUAUAUUGAUUAUGAUUCCAUCACUGUCACUUUCAAUACCUUCUACACGUUCGCUGUUGAUGUGGUUUCGCUGCUCACGAUAUUUGCUGGUGCUCUUCGAUUACCUAUCUAUGUGUGCUGUCAGACGGAACUACGAAAAGAUUUCACAGCACAACUGAAGAAAAUUUGCUACCGUAACCCCUACAAGGGUUAUAACCAAACUGUAAUGACGCCACUCGGUACAUUAGAAGAUCUGCAGCGAGAUGAAACAGAUGCUCGUGAUGGCUGUGCUGAAGAAGACGACGAAGGGUCACCACCAUCCUACCCUGGUCUAUUCUUCAAACUUGGAACUGCACUACUUUCGGAGUCUCAAGUGAACGAUGCCAAUUGUAAUAUCAUCAGCAACGAAUUGUGUCUUUAA